AUCAAAACUGGGAUUGAAACUGAACAGAAAGUGAAAGCUUUAUAUGCCGGGGAACCUAUCGCUGACGGACUUGAACAACAUCCUUUUACAGCCACAUUUUUGAAUCAGGAUGUCAGUGCAGUUCUCUGGCUGGGAAGUGGUCGACGAUGGUGCUUCUUUUCCUGGGGUGGAGCUGGGACCAGCACAGAAACCUCAAAACCGGGGUGUUUACACCAUGUACCAUGGGACCAGUGUUGCCAGUGCACGACUCAUCAUUGCCAGUGGCUUUAAACAGUCAUCGAAGGGCAUGCUAGGGCAGGGAGUGUAUGUCAGUCGUGAUAAGAAAAAGGCGUCUAAUUAUCCGUUGAACAGUAACCAUUCAGACCGUGUGGUCUUUGAGUUAUGUGUGCGUGUUGGCCGUGUCAAACGUAUUGACAAGGACAACCAUCCGAUGCAGUUCAACUGGAAAAUGAAUGGCUAUGACACUGCCUGGGUGCCCCCCAACUGUGGCAUGAAAUCUGUGCCCAGCGGCCUAGAGGAAGACUGUGUGUUUGACCCCAAAAGAGUGAAGGUCGUGGGCAUUGCAAAAGCACCGAAUGCCACCAUAGAGGCAGAGCUUAAACAGCUUCUGGCAAAACGUUCCGGUAGUGGAGGUGGUGCUGCUGUGGAUGUGUGCUCGCUGUGUAAGAGAAAGACCCAGAAGGGUUCUCAACACGUCAAGCAACAGUGCUGGGAGUGUGGGAAAACCAUCUGCAUUCUCAUGUCUAAACAUUUUUGUGACCAACCUUUUUGCCGAAAGGAAAGUGAAAGCUACCGGGUUUACAGGCAGAACACGACUCUUCGCUUACGGAUGUCACUGCAGUUCUUUGGAUGGGAAGUGACCUAUGACUCUCCUCGUGUGGAGCUGGGGGCCUCUCAGGCGCCCAAAGACCAAAACACCUACAUCAUGUAUCAUGGCACUAGUAUUGCCAAUGCACGGCUCAUCAUUACCAAUGGCUUUCAACAGUCAUCAGGUGGCAUGUUGGGAAAGGGUGUGUAUGUCAGUCGUGAUAAGAGAAAGGCUGAGCGUUACCCAUUGAACAUUACAGACCGUGUGGUCCUUGAGUUACAUGUACGUGUAGGCCGUGUUAAGCGCAUUGACAAGGACAAUCAUCCCAUGCAGUACACCUGGAGCACACAGGGCUAUGACACUGCCUGGGUGCCCCCCAACUGUGGCAUGAAAGCUGUGCCCAGCGGUCUAGAGGAGGACUGUGUAUUUGACCCCAAAAGAGUGAAGGUCGUGGGAAUUGCAAAAGCACCAGACACUGUACUGACAGAGCUUCAGCAGCUUGUAGCUGACAGUGUAAACACACCUGGCACAGCAGAUAGGGUUGAUGCUGUGGAUGUGUGUUCACUAUGCAAGAGAAAGAUCCAGCAGGAUUCUCCACACAUCACUCAACAGUGCUGGGGCUGUCAGCAAAACAUAUGCACUCUCAUGACCAAACAUGUCUGUAGAGCUGGUGUCUGAGUGGGAAUGUGGGCCUGAAAAACAGCACUGCUGUGAGAGACAAAGCUCUUGGUGCAGUCGAGGGAAAACUAAAGCUGAAAUGUAAAACUCAAGGUGCAAUCAUUCUUUGAAAACAGGACAACAGGUUUUCAUCUCUGGAAGUAAAUUGAUACCAGCAAGUAAACCAUAAAGUUUACUAUGGUGUCCAUUUCUUAUGUCUACUUCACUAGUUGUAUAUUCUCUGAUCAGCAUGCGUUACGAUUAUGUGCAAUCAAAAUGACUUUUUUCUGUCUGACAGCGGACAUCCGUAAUUUUAGAUGAGACUUGGGGUUUUGCCAUUUUUCUUCCUCAGAAUUAAUUUCUUUUUCUUCCAAAAAUGAGCAACUGUAACUGAUGUAGCAUGUUAGUUGUUCCAUAUUAAAGUCUCGAGGAUCUCUGUAUGUCUACAAAGUCACUUUUCUAUGAACUGAGGGUCUGCUGAUGGAAAUAAUGGAAUACAUUUAAUUUAAUUCUAAACCUAAAAGCACCGCAAGGUUGUCCAUGUACUCUUGUUUAGUUUUCAGCCUAGAAUUUUAUACUC